AUGUCUCGCUCUGUCAGCUUCAGCUCUCGCUCGGUGGCCGUGCCCGGGGUGAGCCAAGUGAGGGUCAGCAGCGUCUCGUCCAGCCGCGGGGUGGGAGGGGGCUCAGGGCUGAGCCGGGCAGGGGGCUUCGGCAGCUCCAGCCUCUACAGCCUGGGCUCCGGCAGCAAGAGGAUCUCCCUGGGAGGGAGCAGCUCCUACAGCAUCCGCUCCGGAUACGGCUACGGGGGCAUGGGGCUGGGGGCCGGCAUCAGCCCGGGGGGCAUCCAGGAGGUCACCAUCAACCAGAGCCUCCUGACCCCCCUCAACCUGGAGAUCGACCCCAACAUCCAGAGGGUCCGCAAGGAGGAGAAGGAGCAGAUCAAGAGCCUCAACAACAGGUUCGCCUCCUUCAUCGACAAGGUCCGCUUCCUGGAGCAGCAGAAUAAGAUGUUGGAGACCAAAUGGAGCCUCCUCCAGGACCAGAAGACCUCCAGGAGCAACAUAGGUCCCAUGUUUGAGACCUACAUCAGCAACCUGAGGAGGCAGCUGGAUACCCUGCUGGGGGACAAGGGGAGGCUGGAAGGAGAGCUGAAGAACAUGCAGGACCUCGUGGAGGACUUCAAGGCCAAGUAUGAAGAUGAAAUCCACAAGCGCACAACUGCAGAGAAUGAGUUUGUGGUGCUCAAGAAGGAUGUGGAUGCUGCCUACAUCAACAAGGUGGAGCUGGAGGCCAAGGUGGAUGCCCUGACCGAUGAGAUCAACUUCCUCAGGUCCCUCUACGAAGCGGAGCUUCAGGAGCUGCAGGCCCAGGUCUCUGACACCUCUGUGGUGCUGUCCAUGGACAACAGCAGGAACCUGGACCUGGACAGCAUCAUCGCCGAGGUGAAGGCUCAGUACGAGGAGAUCGCCAACCGCAGCCGGGCGGAGGCUGAGUCCUGGUACCAGAGCAAGUACGAGGCCCUGCAGGUGACAGCUGGGAAGCAUGGAGACGACCUGAGGAACACCAAGAACGAGAUCAACGAAAUCAACCGAAUGAUCCAGAGGCUGCAGGGGGAGAUCGAGGGAGCCAAGGCUCAGCGUGCCAAGCUGGAGGCUUCCAUUGCUGAGGCUGAGGAGCGUGGGGAGCUGGCAGUCAAGGAUGCCAAGGCCAAGCUGGAGGAGCUGGAGGCAGCCCUGCAGAAGGCCAAGCAGGACAUGGCCAGGCAGCUGAGGGAGUACCAGGAGCUGAUGAACGUCAAGCUGGCCCUGGACAUCGAGAUUGCAACCUACAGGAAGCUGCUGGAGGGAGAGGAGAGCAGGUUGGCUGGAGAUGGAGUUGGCAACGUCAACAUCUCUGUGGUCAGCUCCAGCGGUGGAGGAAGCUAUGCCAGCUCCAGUGGACUCCUGGGAGGAGGAAUUGGUGGAGGCCUGAGCCUGGGAUCAGGCAUUGGCAGUGGGGCUCUGGGCUUCUCCUCAGGGGGCAGCUCCAAAUCCUACACCAUCACCACCACCUCAUCCAGCAGGAGAAGCAUCAGGAAGUAACCAGAGGAAGGGAGACCAGCAGUGGCCAACGGAGGGGAGAGGGAAACCAGAGAGGCAAGAGCCUUGGAGGCUUCUUUAGGACACAUUGGCUGCAGUGAUGAAGGAGCUGGAGGGAGCCCCAGCAGAGUGACCCUCCCAGCCCCCACCCAAGGCUUCAUCCUGGCCUCUUCAUCUUGCAGAGGGUUAUAGAAUGGUUGGGGUUGGAAGGGACCUUAAAGCUCAUCCAGUUCCAACUCCCCUUCCACUCAUCCAACCUGGCCCAUCCCAGGGGGCAAGCCUGUAGGGUGCAAUUCACCCAGGGAAGCAGUGGGGAGAAAGCUUUUCUGACUCUCUGGGCUUGGUACCCCCUGCUCAGGGCUGGAUUUGACCCUCUGAAGGGCAAAGCAAAGCAGAAGGGCCCAGAAGAUGACCUCCCCCAGCACAGCUCCCUUAAGCUCCUCAGGAGACCCCAACUCUUGGCUCAGCUUUCACCCUGGGGUUUGUUUCCUCAAGGAACACCCAAGGAGGAACCAUGGAAACUGCUUUGGCUUCCUUUUGACUUCCUUCUAGUCCCUGCCUAAAAAGUGUCUUCAGAUUUAGACACCUUCUAGCCCCUGCCUAAAAGGGUCUUCAGACUCAGACACCUUCUAGUCCCAGCCUAAAAGGGUCUUCAGACUCAGACACCUUCUAGUCCCAGCCUAAAAGGGUCUUCAGAUUUAGACACCUUCUAGUCCCAGCCUAAAAGGGUCUUCAGAUUUAGACACCUUCUAGUCCCAGCCUAAAAGGGUCUUCAGAUUUAGACACCUUCUAGUCCCAGCCUAAAAGGGUCUUCAGAUUUAGACACCUUCUAGUCCCAGCCUAAAAGGGUCUUCAGGUUAAGACACCUUCUAGUCCCAGCCUAAAAGGGUCUUCAGACUCAGACACCUUCUAGUCCCAGCCUAAAAGGGUCUUCAGAUUUAGACACCUUCUAGUCCCAGCCUAAAAGGGUCUUCAGAUU